GUAGCUUGUUGCUAAUCGCCAUUAGUUUGUCCGUGUGCUUAGCCUGUGGCAGUGUGUUGGUGGCCGCGAUUGCCCUACGCUCUGCCCCAGCAACAGCCGCAGCCGCAGCCGCAAGAACAACAAGAGCAGCAGCAGCCGCAGCAACGCCGACACUAGAAGCAGCAGCGACGCGCAGGAUACGGCACAAACGUCGCUCGUCGCAACGACGGCGCAGCAACAACAACGCGGUGCUGUCAACGGGGAUUGGACUGGUAACGGGUAACGAGGCUAUCUCUGCUCUGGCCCUACCACUCGCCCCCGUCUCCGCCGCCACCACCUCCAGCUGCACCGCCUCCCCCAACAUCACAUCGGGCUCCACGGCAGCGGAUCAGACAGUAGCAGGCGCCGCAGCAGCAGCAGCAGCAGCAGCAGAGACAACAGCAGCAGCAACAACAACACUUUUGCCAACCGAGCCGGAACAUUCUGUACCCAUGCUAUCGGUACAGACGGCCGGCUGCGCGGGAAUGGAGCGGCUCGGCGUUCCGACCCGCACAUCAUUGAGCACACCUCCCGACGAUAGGGAUCAGUUUAGAUGUAGAAUGCGCGUAGAUGCGCACCAGGCACGUGAGCUCUUGGCUGUACGUGGCGAUUCUGUGAUUCGUAGCAAUCAGCAGCAGCAGCAGCAGCAGCAAUCAUCACUCCAUCUUCAUCAUCACAAUAAUAAGCAACAACAUUCCCACCAUCAGCAUCAGCAUCAGCAUCAGCAACGCAUGACAACUCCAACGACGACGCACAGCUCCAGCGGAGGAGGAAGCACCCACAGUGGCAGUGGCAGUGGCAGUGGCAGUACAGGGCUCAACAACAACAGCAACAACAACAAUAGUAUUAGUAGUAAUGUGGCACGAGGCGGCAUCGAGGCCACCACACUCAAGUAUGGCAACACGGGGAGUGGGAGUGGAAACACCAAAGGCGAGAGCUCAUCCUCAAUGUCUUCGUGUGGCUCCUCGCUGCAGAGCCACAGCAAUGACCACCAUCAACAUUACCAAUAUCAGCAGCAGCAGCAGACGCCGCGCUGUCCCCACCACGUACCACUGCCGGACAGCGAGUACGGACAGGAUCGUCAUCUGCAGAUCAGAAGUAGCUACCAGCAAUCGGAGAUCACCAGAUCGUACACCAAGCCGCCGCCCAACAAGACCGUGAGGGAUGUGCCCGAGCAAGUAUCGGCGGGCUGUGGCAGCUCCAGCUAUCGCCUGACCACGCUGCAGGCUGCCGCCACGGGGGGCAUCAUCAGCGGCUCGUCCACGUACACCACCUCCUCGUCCUCGGCCUCCACCAAGUCCAAGCCGAACGCCAUAACAAAGUUCUUCUCACGCAUCAGUUCUCCAAAGUCACCGCCGGCGGGGGGCAGCUGCGCGAGCCAGCCCCCAUCACUAGCCUCCUCCGCCUCGAUGUCGUCCUCGGCCUCCUCGCUGGCCUCCUCGUCCUGUGUGUCCACCUCAUCGUCCGCCUCCUCGCUGGCCGCUGCCCCCCUGCCCACGCUGCCCAUCUCCAAUGCGGCCACGCUGAAGAGCACGGCCUGCGGCUACGGCACGAAUCCGAGUGCGGGGACAGGGCCAGCAGCUGCCAGCAGUCACCACAUCUACGCGGGCACGCCCGCACCGACAGGCACGGGGAGCUGCACACCCGAACGGAUACCCACGCCGCCGCUCUCCGUCUGCGUGCCAAUCGGGUCGGGGCUGCAGCUUCUAAAGAGCAGCAGCUUCAAUCUUCCUCUGCCCGUCGAGGCAGCAGCCGGAGCAGCAGCUGGAGCAGGAGCAGUGGCGGAGGGAGUCGGUGUGGUCGAGUCCCUCCUCCCCGCCACAAUGAGCCGCAAUAAUUCCAACUCUAGCAUGAUGAGCUGCCAUUGCAGCUGCAAUAGCAGGAAUUGCAGCCACUGUGGGGCCAACUCAUAACUGAGCUCGUGUUAAGUUAAUUCUUAGUUACACAAUAUUAAAUCUAUGAAUAAUACAUAAAUAUAAACGAUAAUAAUACAAGACACGAGUAUAGCUGCACACACACACAGCUGUAGACACAUUAUUAUUAAUUAUUAACAGUUAAUUGUACUACAUAUGGAAUAUGCGUAAUAUGGAAUAUAUAUUUUUUUUAUGUUAGCUUAUUAUUAUGUUAAAGUUUAAACGGAUCCGAUUUAUUUCGUGUAGGUCUGUCGCCAACGUUGCGCUGGUACGAAAAGACUGUUUAUUAGUCAGAAUUUAAUUUGUAAAUUUCGAUAGCGAAGGAGACGGAGAAGGAGGAGAAGCAGGAGAGGUGUGACCAGAGAUAGACAAGUAGAGAAGCCGCUGCGCUGCCGCUAUGCACCACUCGCAGAAACGGGAACAUAAACUGAACACAGACAAACAAUAAACUUAAUUUAGUUAUUUUAAAAUCAUUUCCAUUUGUCGCCUGCUAAAUGAAAAAGGAAACUUGAAAGAGACACAAACCAUACCACAUACCCCACAAUAGAGAGAAGAGCAGAUGGAGCAAGCAGAGAGGAGAGAAAAUAAUAACAAACAAAUUAUAUAAGUGAAAAUAUGUAAUUGUAAUUUUAUGAUCAAUAUGGUAAUACACUUUAGUUUGAAUAACUCUAGUUCUUAGUGAGAAGCCAACCAACUCUUAACUAUACUCUAUCCAGACCCAUCCUGAUCCCUGUACCCUCCUCCCAUACCCUUUUAUUAUUAUGUAUAUGAAUGGCCCAUGUGCUGGAACACACGAAAAGAAAACACACACACAACAAUUUUUAGUUCAAUUGAAAUUUGUAUAUUUGCUAACGGAAUUACAAUGUAAA